AUGAUCGCUCUCAAUGGUUACUAUGUUCCCAUCAACUCUUCAAUUCCUGGAACUUCAGAACUGAAGCAACUUGACUUUACGGUGGAUGGCCAUCCCAAGUUGAUUAGAGUCUUGCAUCGACAGGACCGGUCCGUCGAGCCGCCCCUGUUCCGGGUCCGAGUCGUGGAGCACCCCAACUGGGUGACACGGUCCGUGCGCAAAAGAAAGGUCGACUGGGACGCCGCUGUGGACGCAGGUCCAGCACCGUUUCACCACCCCACUGCAACUCUGCCGGACAUCUACAAGGCAGUUUUGGAGGCCCUCGGACGCGAAAUCUCGGAGGCGACGCUGGAACAGAUCAACAAUCUCCACAAAGACGAUACCACCCUCGACCUGCCCCUCGAGGGAGACAAGGUCUGGUUCGAUGACUACAGCUGGAUCCAGCUUCCCAUCCAGCGUCCUUCGAACCUAGCCAUCAGCCCAGACGUCGACGACGGUGACUCUGGCGACUCUGGCACCGUAGGCGACAACGACCGCUACCUCGACUGCGACUUCGACUGCGGCAACGCUUUCGAGGACGAAAACGAGCAGACCUUGCAGGGCGAUUCAGACACAGCUGGAAAAGAUUGCGACGGCGACCACACAAUGGCUCCCUCCGGCCCCAAGGCGCAGAGUGUUGCGCAGAGCGCUGCUGCCACGAACAACUCGACCGCGGCACCUGCCCCCGAGCCCGCGGCGGCUAAGGGUCCGCACCCUGGCCAUAUGCAGGUGUCUUGCCAGUUCACGAGCGAGCAGAGAUUGAGACGCAUGCUGCGAGACAACAAGAGCGAUCCAGCUAGGGAGGAUAACUACCGUCUUCAGGGGGUGCAGCUCAUCGAUAAUGUCCGCACCAUGCUCCGCGUCCCUAUCAAGACGUUUGACACUGCUUGUGUCUACUUUCACUGGUUCAGACUUUCGUUUCGCGACGCAGAGUACAACUAUUCAGAUGCCGCCAUGGCCUGUCUCUUCCUAGCUUGCAAGGUCGAAGACACUAUCAAGAAGUCCAAGGAGAUCCUGUGCGCUGCGUACAACAUUAAGAAUCCCGAGCACCCCACGACCCAGGACGAUAAGAUGUUCGAGCAGCCUUCCAAGAUCAUCAUCGGCCUAGAGCGUCUGGUCCUCGAGACCGUCGGCUUCGAUUUCCGCUGCCGUUACCCUCAGUCCGCUCUGCUCAAGGCCACCAAGAAGAUCCUGGGUCCUCAGUCCAAGAAGGUCUUUGCCACCGCCAUGGAGAUGAGCGUUGACCUGUACAAGACCUUUGCCCCCGUCAAGCAGACCACCUACGCCCUGGCCUUGGGUCUUCUCGAGCUCAGCGCCCGCCUCCUCGGCCAAGGCGUCGACAAGGUGGAGAAGAUCAACUACGCAGACUUCCACACGACGCGCCAAAACGUCGUCGAGACGGUCCUCGACCUCCUCGACCUCUACACCCAGCACGGCAAGUCCACCAAGCUCGGCGUCCAAUUCGACCUCAACAAGUUCAUCGAGGUCAAGAUUGUCAUCAACAGCGAGGUCGACAACGCCCCCGGCCUCGUGCGCUACGCCCACUGGUGCACCAACUGCGACGGCGGCGAGGACGAGAACCUCUCCAACGGCGUCUCUGUCCUCAAGAAUAUCUCUUUCUUUGGUAGCAACUCUGCUAAGCGCAACGGGCGCAACCAGGAUGGCACCAUGCGCUUCGUCUUUGACCCGGACCGCGCCCGCCAGGAGCGCAAGGAGGUUGAGUCUUACUACAAGGACGAGUACGAGGAGUACGAGGUCGAGGUCGAGGUUCCCAUUGAGCCUGAGCAGCGCGGCGGCGGCAACAAUAACAACAACCAUCGUGAUAAGCGACAUGAGGGCGGCGGCGGUGGUGGUUGGGGCGGUCGUCGUAACCACCACGGCCGUGCCAAGGGCCGCGGUUACUACUGA